AUGGCAGGACCUAGUGAUGACAAGUGCAGCAGGUCAGUGGUUUGCAGUGAUGACCCUCCACCUCUGAGUAUUACACUGAAGAAGACAAGAGAUCUGCCAAAGAAGAUGAAACUUUGGGGCAAGGACUAUCCUGCAGUUGAUAUUCUGCUCUUGACUGUGGAGGAUUGCGAGUUCUUGGCUUGUUUUCAUUACCUGAGAGAUUCCUUUAAAAGCUAUGAGAAAUCCAUUGGAUUUGUGUAUUUUGGAAAGAUGGGUGAAGAGAAAGGUGGGUCACUGAAAGUUGCCCUAGUGAGGUGUUCUAAAGAAUCUUCAGAUCCUGGAGGUUCUCAAACUGCAGCUAAAAGUGCUGUCACACUCCUGAGACCCAAGGCUACCUUUUUGGUUGGUUUCUGCCACAGUUUGAAUCCUAACAAAGCCCAGCUAGGAGAUGUGGUGAUAUCCUCAAAGCUUACAACAGAUUUCCACAAAACCCCAGUGAGUAGGGAUGUUGGUAACCUUGUUAGAAGUGCAGCUGAUGGAUGGGGGGCACCAUUGGAAAAUCCAGAAGCACAAGAAGUCAAAGUACAUUGUGAUGGAGAGAUUUUGAGUUGCUCUGAUCUGAUUGGUGCUGAACAGCAAUGUCAAUCACACCCUGGGGCAAUUGCAGUUGAUAUGGAAGGAAAAGGCCUGUUUGCAGCAGCUCAUGACAUGAAGAUGGAGUGGCUUGUCGUUAAAGGUGUUUGUGGUUUUGUACAUGGCGUUGCAUCUACAAACGAUUCGUGGAAGACUUUUGCUUGUGUUAUGGCAGCUUCUGUUGUAUCCAACAUACUGAGGAACUCUUUUGUGUUUGGAGACUGGCCUCAUUACGGAGACAAUUCGACGGGAGAGGAGAGUUGUAAAAGUGAUGAUCCUUCAGAAAAUAAACGUAGAAGGCGAGCAGAACCGUUGAAUGUUGAGAAGUGUCAAGAGCAGCUUAAGUCUUAUUACAACACCUUUAGCAAGGUGAAAAUCAUUCCAUGGGACGACAGCUCUUCCAUUCAGAUUGAUGAGAUCUACACACCUUUGUCUUGGGUCAGAGAUCACAGGAAGCCCAGCGGAGUGACACAAGAGGAACUUGAAGACUACACCGACAUGUUCAAGGAAAAACCAACACGAAUGCUUGUUUAUGGUCGGCCAGGAAUUGGCAAGAGUACGUUUUGUAAGAAGGCUGCAUAUGAUUGGUCGAAAGCCUUAAAAGAAAUCCUAAUGAACUUUAGCAUUUUGCUUCUGAUUAAGUUGAGAGAUGUGUGUGACGUGGGAAACAUCCGCGACGUUUUACGUGCGUCUAAAUUGCUGGCCAGUGAUGGUCCGAUCUCAGUUGAUAGUCUCUAUGAUUACAUAACUAACAAUCAAGAUAAAGUGCUUCUUAUUUUGGAUGGCUACGAUGAGUACAGCUUUGCAGAAGAACACUCACCCAUCCUUGAAAUUUGGAAGGGUGAGCAACUAAGAGAUUGUCACGUUAUUGUCACCACGCGUCAACUUAAAUGUGACGAGUUAAGAGGCCCCAGCCACGUUCAGUUAGAAAUUCAAGGUUUCAAAAGCUGGGAACAAAAACGAAUCUUUGCGAGAAAAUUUUUGGCAGAUGAACAAGAUCUUGACGAGUUCAUGUCCUACCUGGAAGAAAAAGAUCUCGUUGACAUGGCAGAAAUACCUCUCCUCCUACUGAUGCUGUGUAUUUUGUGGAAAGAGAAACAUCACGAAGGACUGCCAAAAUCACGGGCCGACAUAUUCACACAAUUCAUUCAAACCAUGCUAGAUCACAAAGGCGAAAGUCACCAGCCUAUGCCAUUUCAGAAAGUGACCUCAACAGAAGCCAGAGAAGACCUUAGUAAUCUUGGAAAGGCUGCCUUUGAAGCACUUCUGCAAGGCCGUCUUUACGUACGCUGCAGCGAACUCCCCGGUAAUAUUUCAAGAAGUUUUCAAAAAUUAAGUGAAGUUGGGCUUUUCCAGAUUGUCAAUCUUACGAGUCUCAAUCCUGAGAAAGGGGCCUAUUUCAUUCAUAAAUCCGUACAGGAGUUCCUUGCAGCCUGGCACAUUAAGGAGGAAGUGUUGUCGAUUAAAGGAGAAAGUACGCCUAGCCUUUCCAAAGUUGAAUCAUUUGAAAAGAUCGAUAAGAUGGAUGAAGUUCUGAAAUUUGCCUGUGAGCUGUCAACAGAAGCCGCGUGCGCAGUUUUCCAUCAUGUGGGGUCUGUUGGAAGAAAGGAAUCUGUGUCGGUAUGUGAUUUCAUUGAGCUGCUUCUGGAGGAUGAUGAAGAACUGCCUUCAAAUGAAGAACUUUAUCUUGAGCUUAUCUCGCAUAGCUACUUUUGUUGUUCGGCCGAGAAGAGGCGGGAUCUCUGCUCAGCAUAUCUCUCUUGUACCGAAGGUCUUUUUUUGGAUCUUGAUUCUAACAAGUUGAACAUUACUGCAAAUGAACAUUUGCUGAAAUCUGGCAUGAUACCCGACUUUAUUUUUUUUCGUCCCUAUUUUUUCAAUGAUUCUUCAGAGAAAAGCUAUCGAGACUUGAUCACUGUAGCGGAGGACACAAAUGCAGUAUUUUUGAGCUGUUCGGGUGAAAAGAAAGCCGCAGAUUUACUGAAGAAGUUCCCGCGUCGUUCUUUGGGCGAGUUCUUUUUUAAGAGAGAGAGAAAAAUCGUCGUUUAUGUUUAUCAAAUACGCAAAUAUAUAGAUGAUAUCACUUUUCCGACUGAAAUGCUGCGAGAGCUCAUUUCGCCAACAGCAGAGUCUACUCAGGUGACGCGUCUUGUUGAUCCGUUGAAUGAACACGACAGCGAAACAGCUUCGAGUUUGACUCAGAACACCGAUAGCAUCACUGGUCCUACUCCGCAGAGCCUUUCCUGUGUGAAGGAGAUUUAUAUUGAAGACAUAGAAAGGCAAGAGAUAAAGAUGCUGGCUGAUUUCUUACCACUUUUCACUGCUCUGCGAUGGAUACUUAUUUUUGGUAAACCCCCUGAAAUCAUUGAUGCUCAGUUGACAGAGACCCUGGUGUCUCGUAUCAUCUUCACUGACAGACUUGACACAUUAGUACUUGUUAAUAUCAAUUUAACAGCCAAACCUGCCGCAGUCAUCGCCAGAUCUCUGCACCAGGCUCCUGGCCUGCAAUGGCUCGACUUGUCAGAGAACCCUCUUGGUGAAGGAGUAAGUGUUCUUAUUCAACAUCUCAGCCGUGUUCCUCACCUGGAGAGGCUGAGGCUUUCUGAUGUUAAAAUGACAAAGCAACAAGUGAAUGAAUUGAGUGCAGCUGUACGUCAGAGUAAGAUCUCCUGGUUGAACACACAAUACCACGAUAGCAAAGGGAAUGUGAAACCUGAAGAAGAAUGGCCAACAGAUGAGUACUGGAGACAUCGUUGGAGCAAAUUGCAUGGAUCGGAAGAAAAGUCAGUUACUGACUCAGGUGAUGAGGAAGAGCCUGAGUCCUGCCUGUAAACGUAACUGACCAGGACUGGCUCAGUAGACUGCCUGAAACUAAGGAAACUUGCCAUUGGCCAGAGCAGUCCAUCUAUUGAUAGAAUUUCUUCAGAUCUGUUCAGUUAGAGAAGUCAAUACCUAAGUUGUAUCCAUUGUUUUGAACAAAAUUUGAAAACAAGUUUAGGAAACCUGAUUAAACAAAGCACAUUUCAAGAUGAUUGGUUGGUCUGGUAGGUUUCUGACCAAUGGUAAAAGACUUCAGUGUUGUGAUCAAAAGUACAAACAAUCAACGGUUGGAUGAAAGAUAAGCAAAUGUAUUUUUAGAAUCACUUAGCUAAGGUUAAUUGAUACCUUCACUAACGUGGGAGCUCCCUUCCACAACAUUAUCGAGAACAUGUGGGAGUUUUCUUUGGAGUCUGAGUGUCUUGUUCUUGAAAUUGAUUGUUGGAUUUGGAUAUAUUUUGAUUUAAGGUUAUUUUUCGAUGUCCAGUAUUGUUGAUUGUAGUUUUGACUUACAGCAUUGAGUUUCAAAAUUUGGUUUUCAUGUUGUUGAGUUAGAGACAGGUAUUUUUUCAUUUUCUUAGUUUAUUAGGCUUGGUUAUUAGCUGCCUCGGCAAUCAGUUAAUUCAUUAGGCUGACUGUCAUCUCUUUUCAUAUGAUAUGAUACUAAUGUAAGAGGGCCCCAAUGCAACAAUUCUUCAUAAAAUCAUAGAUAUUUGAAUGUAGCCAAGAGCAAACCCUCAACUAUACUUUGAAGUCUUCACUAAAAGCAAAAAAAACAAUGUGAAUAUCAAUUUCAUAAUUUAGUGUCAACAUUUUUCUUAUUUUCAUGGCAUUCAAUAUACGUCGGGACAGGCUUCUGCAUGCCAAAAUUUCUAAACAUUCCAGUUGACAUAGUGUAAAUAGUGCACUGUGGUUGACAUUCAGUCAUCAGAGCUCUCAAAAGUCAGUUGAGUUUGGUGGAAGAAGGGAGACAGUUUGACAAGUACUUCCAUAACUCUGAAAUGUAAAAUAAUUUAACACAGUAUAUUGUAUUGGCUUUACCCUCAAAACUGUCACGUGAGUGACGGUUAAGUCAUAAUUAUAUUAAAUCUUUCUUAUUUGAGAA